GGCCUGGAGAGCGGCGCAGGGAGGAUCCGGGUUUAUUUGGGAAAGGAGAAGCAGCAGCGGCGGCGGCGGCGAGCGGCGCGACUGCAGUGGGGUCUUUUCCGCAGUAGCCUUUGCAUCGGAGCCGCGCCGCCCGGAAAGAUGCCUCGCUCCUUCCUCGUCAAGAAACACUUUUCGGCCAGCAAGAAGCCCAAUUACAGCGAAUUGGAAAGCCAAACGGUGAUCGUCUCUCCGUUUUUGUACGACAAGCGUCCCUUGUCUGUCAUCCCUCAACCAGACCUCUUGAGCACUGGCUCUUACUAUCCUCCUUUAGUCUGGGAGACUGGGCUGUUCUCUAACUUCUUCAACCCGGAACCGGAGUACAAGAAAAGCCCAGAUUCUCCACCCAGCCCCGAUUCCAAACCCCUGGACCUGACCUCCUUGUCCAGCGAAGAGGAGGAUGGCAAGACCAGCUCUGACCCGCCCAGCCCAGCCUCCUCUGCCACGGAAGCCGAGAAGUUCCACUGCAGCCAAUGCAGCAAGUCCUACUCAACUUUUGCUGGCCUUUCCAAACACAGACAGUUGCACUGCGAUUCCCAGACCAGGAAAUCUUUCAGCUGUAAAUAUUGCGAAAAGGAAUAUGUGAGCUUGGGGGCUCUCAAGAUGCACAUCCGAAGCCAUACCUUGCCCUGUGUGUGCAAGAUCUGCGGCAAAGCAUUCUCAAGGCCAUGGCUCCUGCAGGGCCACAUCAGAACGCACACUGGGGAAAAGCCAUUUUCCUGCACACACUGUAGCCGUGCCUUUGCUGACCGCUCCAAUCUCCGUGCUCAUCUGCAGACCCAUUCAGAUGUGAAGAAGUACCAGUGUAAAACUUGCUCUCGGACUUUCUCUCGCAUGUCCUUGCUCCACAAACACGAAGAAACGGGCUGCAUUGGAACCCGUUGAAUACCAUGGACUCCUCCGUGCAAAGCCAUGUAUUGUAACUAGUGUCCCUAGGAAAAUAGUUCUGCUGAGCUGCCACAAAACAAGCUUAUAUUGAAACCUGGUUGUUUCCAGCUGCUUCAGGCCUUAAAGCAUCAUACACAAUGCUUCUUUCAUUCUCUGUCUUCAAGAAAAUUUUUCAAGCUUAAUUUGCCUUUGUAUUCCAUUCCCUGGCCCUUGAGGUGGCAGAAUGCUUCUUGAUUCAAGGCCAUGCACAAUCAUUGCUUCAUCAGAAAUAUGCUGGGUUGCCAAACUAACAAGGGAUGAUAAUUUAAAAUGAGCUUCUAAAACCUGGUACUCUCCCAUGGGUUGGAUAAAUGUCCCCACAAUUUUUAGAAAUGUGGAUUAUUAUUUUUUUGCCAGGGAAUGAAUUCAGUAUGUUAGAGCCCACGUUCUGCAGGGUACCAAUAUGGGAACAGGUUCUCCCAAAAUUGACAUGUAGCUAAAAACAUUUUGUUGAGCUGCUCCUCAGCUGGGAUCAGAUACAUCCUUCUGGAACUUGUAGGCAGAUUAUAGGGAUAAUGAUUACCUCUUUCUGCUCCCCCCCCUCCCAUUUGGUUCUCAAGGUUUACUGCCACUAAUCAUGCCAGCUUUCCUUUCUAACAGCCACCGAGUCCUCCCCCCCCCUUCAGAUUUUUCUCCAGCUUCUUCAAAGCCAUCUGAGUUAAUAGCAUUCACAAAUGGGAAAAAUAUUCCGAGUCUCGUGCCUACCUUGCCUGAACGUUCAGUUUUUCGUUUUUUACCCUUAAAAAGAUGACUAGAAUAAUAGAUUCACAGUAACCCAUGACCCUGAAUUGAUAUGCCUCUAAACAAAGGGCAGAAAGCUAAGUGUUAACGCCUCCCCACCAUCUGAAACUCUCAGUUGCUCCUCCUCAUAUCUCGUCUGCACCCUCCUUAGUGCAGCUAUGCAGGGAUACAGUAUUUCAUUAGUUCUGGGUCAGCAGAGGGAUAAUUCGUAAUGCUUCAAAGACUUAUGUCUGCAGAAAGCACUGGGUAGCCAUUCAAAGCAAGGCUCCUAUUUACAAGAGCAGCUAUGCACUCAAGCACCUGUUAAUACGACUUCUUUUAACAACUGCUUUUUUCAAAAGAACUGUGACUAAUAGCAGGCACUUGUCAGGCGAUUCAAUAGCCGCCUGGGCAGGGAAGGCUGCCCCAUUGACAGGUGUGUGCCAAAAGAGCUACUUAAGGUUAUUGACAGGUGCCUCCUGAAUGCAUUUCUUUUGUACAUUGUUUCCACAUCCUCAACAACAAAAGAUGAAAAAAAGGGUAUGUUUACAUUUCAAAGGUACACUGGUAUUUAUAUAUUUUUGUGCCACAAUUUUAUACUGAAUUAAAAAAAUACUUUUUAUAUA